UCACACAGCUAGUAAGUGCCUAAGGCUGGAUUUGAACUCAGGUCUUCCUGAUUCUAGGUCCAGAGCUCUGUGCACCAUGGUGCCUCUAGAGGAUUGACUGGCUGGAGUAAAAUGGUGUGUAGAGGGCAGAAAGGCUGUGAAUGGAAAUCUACCCCAGCACAGGGGGGCUGUGAGUGGGUGGGCUGGCAUGUCAGAAGUAUUGAAGAGGCUGGAGUCAUACUUCCCUUCUUCAGGUCCUCAGGGCCCCGGUACCCUUCCCCUGGCCUCAGAUUUCUCCCAAACUUCUCCACCUCUUCAGAGCCUCCUAGCCUCCCAUCCCUCCUUUUCUCAGCCUCCAAUCCCUGGGCAGGUUGCUUUCGACCAGGCCUAGCAGAGACUGCCCAUAUUGACUGAAGGGAAGAACAUUUGAUGGAUCCUCAGCCCUCCCACAAGAGGAAGGAAGGGGUGGCUUACUUGUCCAGAGGGCUCCUCACAGGCAGUGCCAUUUGGGAGAGAGGUCUUAGGACAAGGGGUGACUCCGGGGUCCCACAAGCCCUCCCUGCCCUGGAGAGAGCCUCUUUUCUAGUCUCCUCUAGUCUAGCCCUCCCCCCGGCCUUGGGGUCUGUGGUAUUUGGAAACUAAAGUCCUACAAGCAGAAUUGGGAGCCUCACUUGCCCAAGACCGGAAACCACUGUCAGCACUUCUUCUUCUGGGAGGUGGAGGAGGAGGGGAGGGAAGAGAAGAGGCCUUGGAGGGGCCAUCAUCCCAGAUCCGACAGCCUGCUGGCAACACCUUCUCAACUCUGCUCCAAGGAGCCGGUAGGAUGAAGAGUGCCGCCAUCUGCUUCUUGCUCACCAUUCUUGGGCUCCUGGUCCCAGGGCAGGCUCAGUGCCCCCUGGACGAGCUUCUAAACAAGAAGAUUGAGGAGCAGGCUGGCUCCUAUGUUCUGACUGCGCUUGAGAAGCUUCAACUAGCCUGCUCCAGCGUUACCUCUCGGGGUGCUCUAGCCACCUGCCCCUCAGGGUUCACCGUCUCAAGCUGUUCCUGCGGCUCAGCAUGCGGCUCCUGGGAUGUUCGUGAGGCCACCACUUGUCACUGCCAAUGUGCUGGAAUGGACUGGACUAGUGCCCGCUGCUGCAAGUUGGGGAGCAAGGGCUGAGCUAAGACAGAGACUUCCCUUGCCCAUUCCCCACCAAAAUCUUCUUGAGUCUGGCCUGGCCCCUUGAGACAAAGCUCUCUAGCUCUAAAGAUACAUAAACAAACAAACAAACAAAUAAAUAAACGUGGCAUGUG